CCUAUGACACAUGGUGAGCACUCAAGGAGUUCACGUCGACCCCAAGAAAAUCGAAGCCGUACGUACGUGGAAGACACCCGAGAACGUGAAGGAGUUGCAGCAGUUCCUAGGCUUCGCUAAUUACUACAACAGGUUCAUGCCACAGUAUGCGAAACUCGCAGCACCACUCAUGAAUCUGCUGAAGAAGAACACGCCCUACAAAUGGGAGCCGAAGCACCAGGAAGCCGUGGAGCAGCUGAAACAAGCACUUACGUCCGCACCAGUACUCAUCUUGCCAGAUCCCGAACGCGACUACGUAAUCGAAGCUGACGCCAGCGACCAGGCAGUGGGAGCAGUCUUAAUGCAAGACCAGGGGAAUGGACUGCAACCAAUCGCCUACCUGAGCAAGAAACUGCACGGGGCAGAACUAAACUACCCGAUACACGACAAAGAGGCCCUUGCCAUCGUCAUCGCCUUCAAAGCGUGGAGAUGUUAUCUCGAAGGACGAAGAACAACCGUCUACACCGACCAUUGCAGCCUGAAAUACUUGAAGACACAACCCAACCUUUCCAGGCGGCAGGUCCGGUGGAUCGACUUCCUCAAGACACACUUCCACUACGACAUCGUGUACAAGCCCGUCCACAAAAACAAAGCAGACGCCCUCAGCCGGCCUACACACGUUGCCGCUAUUCAGAUCGAAGGGAUGAAUCCACUUCUCAAGGGACUCUUCACACACGGGUAUGCCAUUGACCCCGAAAUUCCCUUGGCAAAAAAGCGACAUCUGCUACAGUGGGACAGUUACAUCGCGUACCGGAAAGGAUCAACAAAAACCUGGGUACCCAAUUACCCUCCUUUGUGCCAGUUACUACUCGAAGAAUACCACGACGUCCUCUACGCCGGACACUUCGGUAGCAAUAAGACGCUGACCGGUAUUGCGAAACACUACUACUGGCCCCACUUGGCAGAGGAUGUUCAGAAAUUUGUCACCUCGUGUGAUACAUGUCUGCGGAUGAAGAGCAGCAAGCAGAAAAAGGCGGGACUACUGCAGCCUUUUCCUGUCCCAGAACAGCCAUGGCAAGUGGUUAGCCUGGACUUCAUCACCGGGUUACCACCUACCACUAGCGGUCAUGACGCAAUCCUUGUCGUCAUCGACAAGUUCUCCAAAAUGGGCCACUUCAUUCCGAAGCACACGACAGCACGCACCGAGGAGACAGCACAACUAUUCGAACUCAUGUCUCUGCUCGGGACCAAACUCGCCAUGUCAUCUGCUUACCAUCCGCAGACAGACGGACAGACCGAGCGACUCAACCAGAUUGUUGAGCAACUCCUCCGAGCAGCCUACAAGGACGAGAUCUCCAAAUGGGACUUGCACCUGCCUGUUCUAGAGUUUGCUUACAACAACGCUACACAUGCCGCUACUGGACAGACGCCGUUCUUCCUCUGCUACGGACGCCACCCACUCACACCAUAGAAACCGGCCACAUCCGCUACAGUCCAAC